AUGUGCGUUGUGAAUAUUGGUUUGAAGCAGGAAACAGGUGGCUCCAUCGCUGUCGGUCACUCGACAAACCCUGGGAGCAUUGAGCUUUGGUGUACUGGAAAGGAUUUACAGUUGCCUUCCGCCGAUCAAUCGGAGAGUGCCUGGAUUGCUGCAAUGGUGUUGGCUGCUUGUCAGCUUACUGAUGAAGCCGUCCUUUCGUGGUGGCGAGGUGUAAACAGAGUUACUUCGUGGGAGAUUGAAGGGUUUACGCUUGCCUUUGGAAUUAAGCAUGACGCCGUCACAAUGCGUCUGAGCCAUACUGGUGCUUUCGCUGGUGAGAAAAAGGAACCACUCAAGAUGGCCAUCGCUGGCAAUGGUGGCGCUGGUGGCAUCGUCGUCUUCUCUAUGGAUUUCCAGAGGAACAAAACUAAGGCGUCUAUCGUAGAGACUUCUGCCAGCGACAGAUCCGCUAUCUCGCACAACAGGCAAGAAUACACUCUCAUCAUACGCCUUCAGUGCUGCUCGCACGCGCCAACUAGCAUUCAGGCUAGGAAGCUCGCUCGUCUUGAAUAG